AAAAGGUUGGAAGCUGAUUCACAGCUCUCGACUUUGUCUCAUUUCACCAACAGAAAGACGGAGAGAGAAGAAGAAGGAGAAGGAGAGACAGUCCUCUGAGUUUAAGGAUAUGCUUUUGCGGUAAAGUUAACAGAUGCCGCCCAAGAAAAACAGAAGCUUUUCCUGACAUAUAAAUGUGUUUCCUCACGUUGAAACUUACAUUGCUGGCAGGAUGUCCUCCAUAGACCCCUAUCAGUACAUUGUAGUUGAACAUCAAUAUUCUCACAGGUUUAGAGUGACUGUGGUGAGAGCGGAAAAUGUCACCAAAGGCGCUCUUGGGGACUUGCUUGACACGCCGGACCCGUAUGUGGAGCUGUCCAUCCCAAGUGCUCCAGAGUCGAGAAAAAGAACACGUCACUUUGACAAUGACAUCAAUCCAAUGUGGAACGAGACUUUUGAGUUUCUUCUGGACCCCCAACUGGAAAAUGUGCUGGAGGUGACUUUAAUGGAUGCCAACUAUGUCAUGGAUGAGACUCUGGGCACAGCGAAAUAUACAAUCAAUAACCUUACCGUAGGAGAGCCGAAACUGGUGACGCUGUCUUUCGGAAAGACCACAAAGGUGCAUCUGGAUUUAUUAUUGGAAGUCUGUUCCUCCACUGACUUGCGCUUCAGUAUGGCCCUGUGUGAUCAGGAGAAAAUGUUUAGAGAGACCCGCAGGGACAGGGUCAUGCUGGGCAUCAAAAAAUUUCUUGACAUGGAAAACCCACGCAUCUUGCCUACCUCACAGAAUGAGGUUCCCACUAUCGCUAUAGUGGGGUCAGGAGGAGGUUUCCGAGCCAUGGUGGGCUUCUCUGGGGUGAUGAAGGCUCUGUACGAGUCUGGAGUACUGGACUGUGCUACUUAUGUGGCUGGACUUUCUGGCUCAACAUGGUACAUGUCUACGCUAUACUCACACCCUGAGUUUCCUGAGAAAGGCCCCAGAGACAUCAAUCAGGAACUGAUGAAGUGUGUGAGCAGCAGUCCGCUCAAACUGUUAAUGCCACUGCACAUUAAACGCUACAUUAAAGCUCUGUGGAAGAAGAAAGCGAACGGCCAGCCCGUCACUUUCACCGACAUCUUCGGCAUGCUCAUCGGAGAGACGCUCAUUCCAGGGCGAAUGGACACGACACUGAGCUCCAUGCAGGAGAAGGUAAAGCUAGGUCAGUGUCCUCUGCCUUUGUUCACUUGCCUGCACGUCAAACCCAACGUGUCUGAGCUCAUGUUUGCCGACUGGGUGGAGUUUAGUCCUUAUGAGAUCGGCAUGGCAAAAUAUGGCACCUUUAUGUCACCUGAGCUCUUCGGCAGCAAGUUCUUCAUGGGAAGCGUAGUGAAAAAGUAUGACGAGAACCCACUACACUUCCUAAUGGGUGUGUGGGGCAGUGCUUUCUCCAUCCUGUUUAAUCGAGUCAUCGGCGUGAAGGAGACAACUGGCUGCAGCACUAUGGAAGAGGAGAUUGAGCAAAUUAAACCAGAGCACAUUCUCGGAAAUGACACGACAGAUAACGAAGAGGAACUGCGCAGGAUGGGCACAGAGUCUGCGGAGUUGGAGGAGGAGCGGCAGCGUAAUGCUCAGGCCAGUUGGGUGCAGCGAAUGUUCACCUCCAUGGUGGGUGAAACGACGCUGUUUAACACGCGCGAAGGCCGUGCAGGAAAAGUCCACAACUUCAUGCUGGGCCUGAACCUAAACUCCUCUUUGCCUUUUACCCCUCGCCAUCCUUUCCAAUCACAGUUAUCCCUUGAAGAUGAGGUCGACGCCGUCACAGAUCCCAAUGAGUUUGUUCACAUCUAUGAGCCUUUGGACGUAAAGAGUAAGAAGAUUCAUGUGGUGGACAGUGGCCUGACCUUUAAUCUUCCCUACCCAUUGAUUCUGCGACCCCAGCGUGGUGUUGAUCUCAUCAUAUCUUUUGAUUUCUCAGCCAAGCCCAGUGAUUCCAGUCCUCCUUUUAAGGAGCUUUUAUUGGCUGAAAAAUGGGCACGCAUGAACAAGUUGCCUUUCCCUAAGAUUGACGUAAAAGUGUUCGAUCGUGAAGGUCUGAAGGAGUGUUACGUGUUCAAGCCCAGGCCAGGGGAAAAAAACUGCCCCACUGUCAUCCACUUCGUCCUCACCAACAUCCACUUCAGGGAAUUCAAGGCUCCCGGAGUUCCCAGAGAGACGGAUAAGGAGAAGGAGUUUGCGGACUUCGACAUAUUUGACGAUCCCGAGACCCCGUAUUCCACAUUCAACUUCCAGUACUCGAACCAGGCAUUCAAACAACUGCAUGACCUCAUGGAGUUCAACACACUCAACAACAUCGAGCUUAUAAAAGAAGCCAUCAAAGACAGCAUUCUCCUGAGGCGGAUGAACCCGUCACGCUGCAAUGUCUCUCUUUCGCUCAAUGAGGUUGAAAACAAGAAGUUCCUGAAACGCAGCACUGGCACUGUAAAAAAGGACACGCCUAACAGAUAAACACAACGAGAGGGUUAAAUCACAGUCUCAGUUUCCUGAGUGUUUGGAAGUCACAUCAAAGUCUGCUGGACACUGGGUUAAAAUGGAAGUAGGACAGGACAAGCAGAACUGGAUUCACCGCAUUAAGGCGCAGUAUGUGACGGGCAUUCUGUGGACUUUUUUUGCCGCUUUAAAUUUUUUUUUUUUUGACGACGGAUCGUGUUUUGUGUACACACACGAGAUCUGUAUCUGUAGAUGUCUUUAGGGCGGGUUUGACUGUGAGUAAUUUCCACACACGGAUGGAUUCAAUCACAUGCUGUUCACUCCGUAGUGCAGAACGAUGUCUGAAAACAAAGUCACUGCAGUCUUACAAUCGAAUGCUCAAAUGCACUGUGGGAUGGAUAACAUGAUGGGAGGAAUAUCCAUGUAUUGGCCUCAAUUCAUCAUUCAUGUAGAGUUUAACUCCUUUCUUCCAAAAUGUCUUUUAUGUGGUGUAUCUUUAGUGGCUGAGGGCUAGUGUAUAUUGGCCGUGAUGCCUAUUUAUCUAGGAAACCCGUUUUAUAAUGAAUCAAAUUAUUUGUAGACAGAAAAAAAAAGCAAAGCCUUGUUAUUUAAUAACAUAUGGCUAAAGGUUAUGUUUUUUGUGUUAGUGUCUUUCCUGACAGAUUGUGCAGGUCUAUAUGUCAUGACAAAACUUAGGCAUAGGUGAAAUGGUCUUGUGUUCAAGCCAUUUCUUUUAAAAAUAUACUGGUGAUGGAUCUAGGGUUAAAUUGUGUACUCAGUUGAAGACAUCCUGCCGAUUCACUAUCACACUUUCCAUUUAUUUCUUCUUAAGUUCCAUUUUACAGCCAGUCAUCUCAAGAUUAAGUUACAAAGAGACGCAUACCUGCCCUCCAACAACCACAAGCUGCCUGGAAGGAUCAGGAAGUGAUGGCAUGAUGUGACAUGUUGUAUACUCUGUAUACACGCACUUCCUGGCUUCAUGCACACUUUUUAGUAUUCGUAUAAUACCUGCUCAUGCUAUUCAACCCUGUCUACCCAGGUCAACCUUUUUCUGUACAAUAAUUUGUUCAUUAUGUGGUGUAAGAGUUUGGGUGAGGACUGGAAUGACUUGCUUUUUUUUUUGGUUUGUUUUUUUGUGAAGUUGUGUGGGAGGCAGGGAGGUUGUGAUUUAAUAUUUAUAAGUCGUGUCAGUUUCUGUGUAAUCAUGAACCGCAGAUCGGUUCUGCAAAUGAACAUUUCAGAAAUUACAUUGUUUCAUUUAAAUCUAAGGUCUAUUUAUACAGCGCUUUUCCAACACUUCACAUUCUUAAUAUUUUUGUGUAGUAUUUAUGAAUCAAGUACGUUUAAUAUCAUCUCAGUUCUGUGAAAACUCGAAGGCUAUUGGACCUCAUGACCUAUGUUUAUUUUAUGUUUUUAUGAACUUUUAAACUGUACAGUUAGUAGAAUACAGCAUGGUACAGUUAGCGCUGGAUAACACUAAUAAUGAAAAUUAGUUUUUUAAACAAUAUGUACUGCAGAAUAAGAAAUAUUUGCUUUUUUAGUUAUGAUUGUGCAUUAUUAAUUUUUUAAUUAAUUGAAAGCGCAUAAAGAAAAAGAUCUUUUAAAGAUAAAGUCAAUAUCAGGCUUUGAUGGUUUUAGAGAGUAUGUGCUGGAUAUGCAUCCUGGAUUAAAGAUCAAAGUUCAGCAUGAUUUUUAGUAGAUUACUAACUUUUAUACAGAAUAUUUUUGUAAUUACUUAAAUUGUUCUACCUUAAUAAAACUCCAGUUGGAUAAACAUGA